AUGACCGAAGUAAAUCCAGAAUCUGUUCCAUCUACCAAACCUUUAGACCCACCGAAAAAAGUGAAAGAUCCUCGUUUAGUCGAAGUGGGAAAAAGAUUAGCAGAAAUAAGACAACAGGUCAAAGCUGAGAAAAAAGCAAUGACCGAAGAAAACCUAAAAGCAGAAGUUCGCGGGAAAUGCAUGACGGAAGGUGAUGGAGGUGGAUGA